AUGCCCAGCACCCUCGAGCGCCCUCCCAUCGUGACCAUCAUGGGCCACGUCGAUCACGGCAAGACAACGUUGCUCGAUGCGUAUCGCUCCUCCUCGAUUGCAGCCGGUGAAGCCGGUGGCAUCACACAACAUAUUGGUGCAUUCAUGGUCGAGCUGGGUGAUGCCCAACGCAUCACAUUUCUGGACACGCCGGGCCACGCUGCUUUUUCGGCGAUGCGGCAGCGGGGCGCGUCAGCCACCGAUGUGGUCAUUCUCGUUGUCGCAGCGGAUGAUGGCGUUAUGCCCCAGACGAUUGAGAGUAUCAAGUAUGCAACUGAGGCAGGCGUGCCUCUGGUUGUGGCAAUCAACAAGUGUGACAAGGAACAGGCCGACGUGCAUCGCGUUAAGCAAGAGCUGGCCCGACAUGGCGUGGAUCUCGAAGAUUUCGGCGGUGCCGUUCAAGCCGCCACAUCGAGCCUUUAUUGGUCUGGUCUCAUGUCAUCUCUCACCAAGCAGCAAAUACGGAAAAAUCUCGAUGCGCUUCUUGAGGCGGUUCUUCUGCAAGCAGAGGUGCGAGGCACACAGGGCAAGGCGAGCAAUCCUGCCGAAGGCGUUGUCAUUGAGGCCUCUUCAGACAAAUUCAAGGGGCAAGUGGCAACCGUCUUGCUGCAUGACGGGUCGCUCAAGCCUGGCGAAUACAUUGCCGCUGGCUGCUCCUUUGCGCGCAUCAAAAGCAUGACUGACGAUGGCAAACAGCGCCUCAAAUCGCUGCAGCCAUCCAUGGCCGCCGAGGUCAUGGGCUGGCGCUCGUUGCCUGAGGUCGGAGUUCCCGUCUUCAAGGUGGCAUCGGAGCGUCGACGACAAAUGGCCGAGGAGCAUCGCCAGGAGACAUUGCAGGAGCGGCGACGUCUGCGUCGUCUUCCACGCAGCGCGCGGCCCCGCGAGCUCAACCAGCAAGAGCUCUUGGACGUUGCUAGCUCUGACAAGCCAACACGGCUGUUGGUGGUGCGCAGUGAUGUACAAGGCAGCGCCGAGGCCCUGGUCGAUGCGAUUGCUGCCAUCCCCAGCUCUGAAGUGGCUUGCCAAGUCAUUCGACAAGGCGUCGGAAACAUCACAGACAGUGAUAUUGAAUUGGCAGCCACCACCAACGCCACUAUCCUCGGCUUUGGAGUAGGCUUAGGCAAGAAGGAAGCGGCACAGGCAGAGCAACAGGGUGUCCAGGUGAAGCUUUACAAGGUUGUUUACCAUCUGCUCGAGGAGCUCGAGCAAGACUUGCUUAGCAUGUUGCCCCCGCUCAUGGUCGAGAAACAAGUCGGCAAGGCCAAGGUUUUGCAAGUGUUCAACCUCACCGGGAAGCGCAAGUCAACUGUUGCUGGCUGCCGUGUUCUGACGGGAUCUCUUGUCAAAGCACAUCGUUUCAAAGUUUUGCGAAAGGGCGAAGAAAUUCAUGAGGGGGAGCUGUCGCAGCUCAUGCAUCACAAGGACAGUGUGGAAGAGGUUGGUCUCAACACCGAGUGCGGGUUAUCUUUCGAAGAUUACAGCGACUUUGCAGCGGAUGAUGAGGUCGUGUGCUACCAAAUUGAGGAGAAGCGCCGAGAGCGCCUUUAAAGUGGAAUACGAGGAGACGGUCAAUCGAAGACAAGAGGACG